AUGAGGCCCCUGCUGUGCUGCCUGGGGCUGGCCGUGCUCCUGGGGCCCUGCCUGGCCUGCCCCAGCCCCUGCUCCUGCUCCACCAAGAAGAACGGGCGGCUGCUGGCUGAGUGUGCCUACAAGGAUCUCCAGGAGGUACCUGAGGGCUUGUCCUCCAACGUCACCAUCCUCACCUUGUCAGCCAACAGGAUCGGGUGGCUGGGCCGGGGCUCCUUCCUGGAGGUGCCCGAGGUGCAGUCGCUGUGGUUGGGCUACAACCAGGUGGGGCUGGUGGAGCCGGGGACUUUCGCCUCCUUGGUUCACCUGAAGAACCUGGACCUGAGCCACAACAAGAUUGCAGACUUCCCCUGGCAGGACCUCCGCAACCUGAGCGCCCUGCAGAUCCUGAAGAUGAACAACAACCGCCUGGCAGGGCUGCCCAGAGAUGCUUUCCACCCCCUGAAGGACCUGCGCUCCCUCUGGCUCAACGACAACGAGCUGACCACCUUGGCCGAGGGCACCUUUGACCACCUCCCGUCCUUGUCCCAGCUUCAGAUCUUCAACAACCCUUUCAACUGCUCCUGCAAGGUCUUCUGGCUGAAGAAGUGGACCGAGAACACCUCCGUCUCCAUCACCAAGGGGGGAUCCACCCUGUGCGUGGCUCCCGGGAGGCUGAAGGGCAGGGCGGUCACCGACAUCCCCGACCACCACUGCGUCGCCCCCUCCGUGCAGCUCACCUACCUCUCCAACCUGGGCAACACGGUGACGUACGACGGGCUGACCUUGACCCUGCACUGCAGCGUGGCAGGGAACCCCCUCCCGGAGAUCAGGUGGAAGAUCCAGACCCCCGGCCGCCGCGUCCAGAUCGACGGGCCCAACGUGGCCCGCGACGGGAACGUCAAGCAGAGCCGAGAGCGUUUCUUGGCCUUCAAGAACGGCACCAUGGCCAUCCCCAACUUCAGGAAGGAGGAUGAAGGCACCUACACCUGCCUCGCUGUCAACGACGUGGGCACCAGGGAUGUCUCGGUCAACGUGGCCUUGGCUGGCUCAGAGAACCCAGCUGAAGACCUGCUUCGAGAUGACCCCCACGCCAGCCACUUGGGGGGCCAGAGCUGCUCCAAAGGGGAUGAAAUGGAUUCCUCCAGUGCUGGGGAAAAGCUGGUGAUCGUUUACCAUGUGCCAAGGGAGUCCAAGAGCAGGGCCGUGGUGCCCCGGGUCCAGCUGGGGACCCUCCUGCUGGCUUGGGGCGCGGUGCUCUGCUGGUGA